UAUAAAGAAAUCAAGCAAACAACUUUGCAAGAGGACAGUUUUUACAGACAGCUGGAGGAAGGAGCCGUUGCCCAGCAGAGCGAGCAGGAGCUGAAGACUUUCAUGGUACAGGGAACCAGCCAUGGGCCAAGGUCUGAGCUUCAAAAAAUGCGAUUUCAAGGUCCCCAUGAACAACAGUAACCACCACACAGAAGAAAUCAGCACUGAAAGGCUGAUUGUGAGGCGGGGGCAGCCAUUCACCAUCACUGUGAACUUCUCAGCUCCAGUACACAACUACCUGCAGCAGAUGAAGAGGACCUUCCUCAUUGCACAGACAGGAUGGCAUCCUUCCGAAGGAGAUGAAAUCCAGACUGAAUUUCCCAUCUCCAGCCUGGGAGAUGAGAAGCAGUGGAGUGCAGCACUGGAAGAACAGGACCUGUGCUCCUGGACCCUCACUGUGAACACCCCUGCCAAUGCUCCCAUUGGCCAGUACACUCUGCUUCUACGUGCUUCCCAAACUUCCCACCACCUGGGAAAAUUCACCCUUCUCUUUAACCCCUGGUGCCAAGAUGAUGAGGUGUUCUUGCCCAAUGAAGCACAGCGGCAGGAGUACAUUUUAAACCAGGAGGGUGUCAUCUACUGGGGGACUGAAAAUGCAGCCGUAGCACAGCCCUGGGACUUCAGUCAGUUUGAGCAGGGCAUUGUUGACAUCUGCUUCACACUGCUGUGUCUGGGUGAACUCCAUCAAGGAGAGAAGGAUCCCACCCAGCGCAGGAGCCCUGUCCACGUCUGCCGAGCAGUGGCUGCCAUGCUGAACUGCAAUGAGCUUAAAGGAAUCCUGACAGAGUGUGAGGCCGGGAAAUACCGUAAUGGGACACCCCCUUCCAAGUGGCUGGGAAGCAGCCCCAUCCUCUGGCAGUGGAUGGCAUCGGAAUUCCAGCCUGUCCGCUACGGGCACUGCUGGGUGUUUGCUGCAGUCAUGUGUUCAGUUCUGAGGUGCCUGGGAAUCCCUACCAGGGUGGUCACUGGCUUUACGUGGGCUCACAACACUAAGAGCAGCCUGAGUGUGGAUGAGUAUUAUGAUGAAGAUGGGACACUGCUCACACAGGACAAGCGUGCUCGUGUCUGGACCUUCCACGUUUGGAAUGAAUGCUGGAUGGCUCGGGCUGAUUUGCCACCCCAGUACAGCGGGUGGCAGGCACUGGAUGCCACCUGCCAGGAAAAAAGUGAAGGUCGAUCCUUCUGUGGGCCAGCCCCUGUCCACGCCAUCAAGGAAGGGGACACAGAAGUCGAUUAUGAUGUUUGCUACUUCUUUGCCGCCAUCAAUGCCAAGUGUCAGGUCUGGAUACAAAAAGCAGAUGACACCCUUAAGCCAGCUUUUGGUGGCACGAAAUACAUUGGUAACAACAUCAGCACCAAAAGUGUUGGCAGUGAACGCUGUGAGGACAUCACACACAACUACAAGUAUCCUGAAGGCUCUCUCAAGGAAAAAGGAGUACUUGACAAAGCCUACAGAAGUAUAAAGAAACUUGAGACAACCACCAGCAGCAGCUCAACACAGUUUAGCUCCAUUCCUAUUGCCCUUGAAGAGCCAGUUAACCUUUCCCUCCACCUCCAGUCGAGUAGUUCUCUGCAACCAGGACAAGAUAUUCCACUUUCCAUUGAAAUGUCUAACCACAGUGGUGGAGAAAAGGCUACUCAGCUGGUAGUUGGGGUCCAGUCUCUACAUUAUAAUGGUGUGCCCAUUACCCAGCUUUGGAAGGAAGAGUUUAAUUUUAACCUCCAAAGCAAUGAAGUCCACCACCUGAAGAUCCUUGUGCCUUACUCAUGGUGUGGAAAAGAGCUGGGGGAGACCCACCUGCUCAGGCUGACUGCUGUGCUGAGAGAUGAGGCCUCCUGCUACAUCUACCUGGCACAGGAAGAGAUCAGCGUUUCUGACCCCCUUCUCACUAUUGAGCUUCCAAAAACCAUGGUACAGUAUCAGCCAAGCACGGCAAGGAUCAGCCUCCUGAACCCUUUCCCCAGACCCCUGGAGCAGUGUGUGGUAGCAGUUGCAGGGCGAGGGCUCAUUUACAGACAGAGGAAGUACAGGUUGGGAUCUGUGCAAGCUAAAAGCACUCAAGAACUGCAAAUCCCAUUCACCCCCAUCCGAGCAGGGCCCAGGAGACUCACUGCACAACUGACCUGCCCUCAACUCCAGAACCUGAAGAGCUACAGAACUACUGACAUUGCAGCUGCCUGAGGCCCAGCUUGGAACAGAUCCUGUUCCACACCAAAAGAGUGGUCAUGAUCUGUGCCUUGAUCUUAGGCAAGUACAGAUGUUAACAGUUUAAUAAAAGUUAAGUUUAAAA